AUUUGUGUUUUACGAUAUUUCGAUCUCAUGAGAAACUGAUGCAACAGUCCGUCCCUACAGAUUCUAGGCUAAGACAACACGAGUAAAUAAAUUUCUACAACAACAGGGACCAGGAUGCCAGACGAAAUAGGAGCUGUUUGAAAAUGUUCAACGAUAUCAACUCAUGUGAUAAUCGCUAAGUCAUAUUUCUCUGCAAUGUUGUGACAAUGUUGAUCAGACAAUUCAGAGGAUCAACGAAACUGUUUCUGGGUGUAUUAAUACUGAUAUUGAUAUGUACUCUCUACAUAGAAUACAAAAGUCGCAAAAAGCAGACAUCGUUUGCCAUGCUACACAAGCAAGGAAACAUUAAAGACCAGUACAAAUUGAUAAUCGUUGUUUUCUCUGCACCGAGUAACCUAGAACAGCGAGAAGCUGUGAGAGGAACAUGGCUAUCUGAGAAUUACGAGGAUGUCAAACACUUAUUUGUCAUUGGAACUCAGAACAUGGAGUUUGAUGAGCACGACCGUCUAGCUUCUGAGAAUAAAGCUUACCAUGAUUUACUCCUCUUGCCAAAUUUACAGGACUCUUAUCAAACUCUAACAAAAAAACUCCUUCACACUUUUGCUCAUAUCUAUAAAGAGUACAAUUUCGACUAUCUAUUAAAAUGUGACGAUGACUCGUUUGUCCUGGUGGACAAAAUACUGAAGGAGUUUGAGAAGCAGCGAUAUGAAGCAUUGGAUAAGGAACUAUACUGGGGCUUCUUUAAUGGCAAGGCUCAAGUUAAGAGAAGUGGAUCAUGGAAAGAAACUGACUGGAUUUUCUGUGAUUUUUAUUUACCAUACGCUCUGGGUGGUGGAUACAUCCUAUCUCAGAACCUGGUCAAGUUCAUUGCUCAUAAUUCGAACAUUCUAAGACUCUUCAACUCCGAAGAUGUUUCUGUGGGGCUUUGGCUGGCUCCAUUGUCUAAUAUUGAGAGGAAACACGAUGUCCGUUUUGACACAGAAUAUCGGUCGAGGGGUUGUUCAAAUGAGCAUAUUAUUAAACACAAACAAAAUACGGAAGCCAUGAUUACUAUGUAUCAGACAUAUAAGGCGAGUGGUGCCUUGUGCGUGAAGGAAGUUAAAUAUCGUAACAGUUACAGAUAUAACUGGGAUGACCCACCCAGUAGAUGCUGUAUACGCGAGCCUGGAAUCCCUUGAGAGUAUUGUAAAUUUAAGGUAAUACUGUAUAUGAUUCUUAUUGUGAAAAUUUUGCGACUACAACUUUCCCUGCGCAAUACAAAUAUCUCUGAAAGGCUUAUAUGAUCAGAAAUAAAUGCCGAACAUUUAAUGUUCUCAUCUUCCUGGUCUCGUGUACCUAUAAUUGAAAGAUAUAAAAAAAAGAUGGACAAUUAUUUUUCAUGUGUUACAUUUAUUCGUAACUUUACACUAUCGUUUUUAUCAUAUUGAUUGCAUCAGUUGGAUCAUGUAAUACUAGUCCGACACUAAUAUACACUCAUAAAAUAUCAAAACAAUAAUUAACUAUGUGACAUUUGAUAAUAAUAGUUAAUAGCCUAGUAUCUACGUACUAUUCAAUAGGGUUUAAUAAUUCUUAAAUAUAUGCUCCAAGUACCAAAUCACAGUGAUUCAAAAACUGGCCAAUGGGUUGUUAUGGGGGAAAGGGGCGUAAAAGUAUAAAAAGUUGUACAAUUUUCCUAAAACAAUAACAUCAAUAAAUUACUACCAUUGGACAGAUAAAAAAAAAAA